UGCACUCAACUCCAUUCAGGGAGAAACCUUAGGCUACUGUCAAAGUGUUAUAAUGACACAUUCUUUGUGCCUCGUGAACUGGUCCUUUCUGUGUCUACUUUUGGUCUGCAAGAGUGUGGCAGUUACCGAUGGCUACAAGCCUGUUAUACUUGUCCAUGGACUUUUGGAUGGGCCUGGGCAAUUCAGGAAUUUGAUUAACUUCAUCACAGAGUCCCACCCUGGUACAACAGUCAUCGCUCUGGACCUCUACAAUGAGGAGGACAGCCUUAAGUCGCUAUGGGAACAAGUGGAGGGCUUUAACAAAGCAAUCUAUCCCAUCAUGCAAAGCUCUCCAGAGGGAGUCCAUCUCAUAUGCUACUCACAAGGUGGUGUGAUAUGUAGAGGAAUUCUCGCCACACUGGCUGAUCACAAUGUUCACUCUGCGAUUUUCCUGUCAGCGCCCUUGGCAGGGCAGUAUGGAGGACUCAAGAACUCAACUUAUUGGUGGUCUGCCAUUGGCCGCCGAAUGUUUUAUUUGUUCUGCUACAACAAGAUAGGACAGUUACUAUCCAUUUGUAACUACUGGAAUGACCCCUACCACCAAAAGUCGUACUUGAGAGGCAAUACAUAUUUGGCACCACUGAAUGGAGACCAGGCACAUGACAACAUCACAAGCUGGAAGGACAACUUUCUCAGAAUAAAAAAGCUGGUUCUGAUAGGAGGUCGUGAUGACGGACUGAUCACGCCAUGGCAAUCCAGUUUUUUCGGCUUUUAUGAUGAAAAAGGAAAUGUGAUCGACAUGAAGAAUCAAGAUUGGUAUUUGAAAGAUGCUUUCGGUCUGAAAACCCUUGACAUGCGGAAAGACCUGAAGCAAUGUGAGGUGGAUGGCAUUGACCAUUUGAGAUGGCCACAUGCUAAAGAAGUAUACGCUGAUUGCAUUGAGGAAUGGCUCAACUGAUGACACGAAUACCAGUCAGAUCUCACGCAUAUCCAAUUUCUUUUAGCUGGGCGCAGGGUCAAAGCGCAAAGUUCAUGUAGGGUAAGGAAGAACCGCACACCGAUGUGCUCCUUUUGAAUCCAUUUUUUUACGUCUGACAUUUCGGGCCACUAUACUACGGCCCUUCCUCAGACUACUAGACUACCUCAGACUAAUAAUAAUAAUAACUGUAUUUGUAUAGCACAGUAUCAUACAAUGCAUGUAGCUCAAAGUGCUUAACAAAUGGAUAAACAACAAUGUUGAAAAUAAAAAAUAAUGCAGUGAGGUAGAAUAGAUAGAAAGAAGGCAAAAAGAAAUAGCAAAAAGACAAGACAGGAAACUAGACACAAUUGAAAAAAUUAGUAGAUGGAUAAUAAGUAAGUAAAUGUAAAGAAAGAUGAAAUGAAGACGUUGAAAGAAAAGAUAAGUAGAUAAUAAAGAGGCAUAAGGUCCACAAGGGUUUAGGCCCAAGAU